AUGGCUGACGACGACUCUUCUGACCUGUCGUCCUUGUCAUCGCUAUCGCCGCCCCCAUCGGACAUCGAGUCCGACGCUGCUCCCGAGCCUGAAUCUAAGAAGGAUGGCAUUCUGAAGUUCUUCCCCAAGCUCGCCAAAGGCAAGAAGCCCUCCGUCGGCAAGAAGGAAGCUUCACCGCCUCCGCGCAAGCGAUCGCCCUCCCCUCCUCAUGAGAAUGCCUUCGAGGACAACCCAGACAUCGCAUUCCUUGUGAUGUUCCGCAGCCGAUUCAACGAAGCUUUCCCCAAGUCACUAGCCAACUUUGGUCCACAAGAGCUCGAGCGCGAUAUCAUCGACAACCCACCUGGCGAACGAGUCGAAGCAUUCCUCUGCGCCCUCCUGUUCUUGCUUCUCAACCGUAAACAGGACGUCAAGGCUGGCCAAUACUCCAAGGCCCUUGACGAUGCACUCGCUGCGCACAAAUCUCAGUGGCCGUCGUCGUGGAAGGGCGUCAAUCCUUUAUCAGGCGGGAACACAUUCCACACCCUCGCACCCACACAGAGACUCUCGCUUCUCCGGGCGCUGGCGCUGUGGUCCCUCUCAGCCUCCGAAACUGUCAAGACGAUUAUCAAUAAGUCCUAUAAGGGCAACCGCCACGAAGACGACUUGAACCAACCACUCUCCGUCCAGCCGUGGGGCUCUGAUAGUGACAAGAGACGCUACUUCUUGGUCGAGGGUUUGGACGACACCGCUUUCCGUGUGUACAGAGAAAGCAAUCCGGCCGGCUUCAACCGCACCUGGUGGUCAGUGGCAGGAUCAAUCGACGAGAUCAAGGCCCUUGCAGAGAAGCUGGAGACUAAGGAUGGCGGGCCCAAGGCCAGGAGGCUUGCGAACCAGAUGAUGCAGGCCAUUCCUCGGUUCGAGGCCACAGAGGAGAAACGCAGACGCAGAGAAUACCGCCAGGCCCAAAAGGCUCGUUUCAAGCGCCCAGAGCCUGGCUUCUCCACAUACGAGGGCCGCACUAGAGGCAAGAGGGUCAGAUACAACUACGACGAGGACGAGGACGACUUCCUCACGGACUCGUCUUACAGACGCUCAGCACGCAACACCGGCACCAACACGCCCGCAGAACCUGCUGGGCCAGUCACGACUGCUAGUGGGCGGCAGAUUAAAGCUCCAACUCGACUCAACGCAAGCAGCGCGGCCGGCAGUGUCAACGGAGACUCUGGUGACUCUCGUCAGCCAUCUCCUGGCGUAGGCGCAACUGGCAGGCCGCGUAGAGCUGCGGCAGUAAACCACGGCACAAACGGUUGGUCAUCCAAAGGCACUCGCUCUCGUGGUCAGGGUACGACAGAUGAGGAUGAAGACGACAGUGAACCUGACCUUGGCGAUGACGAGGAAGACCACGUUCCGGACGAGAGUGAGGAAGAAGAAGACGACUCGGACGAAGACGUAGAGAUGCUAGAUGACGACGUGGUUGAGGAACCAAAGAAGAGUUUGAUCGUCAAGCUGUCGGUCAAGAAGUCACCGACCUCAGCCAAGACGACGAUGGUUACGCCUGCUCCAGAGGACGGAAAAGCCAGCAGCGAACCUGCGGAUGAGAUCAUCGCCAAACCCAAGGAAAAGACGCCCGAGCCCGUGAUCAACGUGGCUACCAACAAGCAGCCCCUGAGUCCUGGUGCAGGACAGACUUCUCUGGCUUUUAGAGGAAGCCCAGACAAGCCUCAGUCCUUGCCGCAGACCGUGGACGUUGGCUCUCACGAGUAG